AUAACGGUAAUACUACUGCAUUGUAUAAUAUUGGUAACCUAUAUUAUAAUGGUUCAGGAGUUCCUCAGGAUAAGGAACUAGGGAUUAUAUAUUUAAGAAAAGCUGCUCUGCAAGGACAGCCUAAAGCAUUAGAGAUGUGUAGAAGGAAAGAAAUUGGAUUGGUGG